UAACAAGAGUAAGUGAAAAAAGGUAUAUAAAAUAAAAACAAAAAAAAAGGAAAAGAGAAGAGCAGAAAGAAGAGAAAAGGAAACGAAACAAAAACGGGAUUAUCACGGGAACGGUAGUGUAAAGUGUGUAAAGUGUGACAUGGGGUGCUUCGGCAGCCAGAGCUCCAAGGCCAGUCAAGAUGACAGUAAAAAUCAAAAGAGGCGUUCGGAUGCGAUCACCAGGCAACUACAAAAGGACAAACAAGUAUACAGGGCCACUCAUCGCCUUUUGCUUCUCGGCGCGGGAGAGUCUGGAAAAAGUACCAUCGUCAAACAGAUGAGGAUACUUCACGUGAAUGGCUUCAGCGAGGCGGAAAAGCGGCAAAAGAUCGAGGACAUAAAGAAGAAUAUAAGGGACGCGAUCUUGACGAUAACGACCGCGAUGAACACGUUGACGCCACCGGUAGUCCUCGAAGAUCCAUCGAACCAGAGCAGAGUCGAAUACGUCCUCGAUGUAUCGUCUUCCCCGGAUUUCGACUACCCGUCGGAAUUCUACGAGAUUGUGGAGACGCUUUGGAAGGACAGAGGAGUCCAGCAGAGCUUUGAGCGCAGCAACGAGUAUCAGCUCAUCGACUGCGCCAAAUACUUCCUAGACAAAGUAGCGAUAGUGAAACAACUCGACUACACACCUACGGAACAGGAUAUCUUGAGGUGUCGAGUCCUCACCUCCGGUAUCUUCGAGACGCGGUUUCAAGUCGACAAAGUCAACUUUCACAUGUUCGAUGUCGGCGGGCAGCGAGACGAAAGGAGAAAAUGGAUACAGUGCUUUAACGAUGUGACAGCCAUUAUCUUCGUGACGGCCUGCAGUAGUUACAACAUGGUGCUUAGGGAAGACCCGACGAAACUCAGACUCAGAGAAAGUCUCGACCUCUUCAAGAGCAUUUGGAAUAACCGAUGGCUCCGUACGAUAUCCGUAAUCUUGUUCCUGAACAAGCAAGAUCUUCUAGCGGAGAAAAUCAAAGCCGGCAAACACAAGCUCGAGGACUACUUUCCAGAAUUUGCGAGAUACCAGACACCCGUUGAGCCAGGCGUCGUCGCGGAUCCCUCGGAACCCCCUGACGUCAUUAGGGCGAAAUACUUCAUCCGAGACGAGUUCCUGCGCAUAAGCACGGCGAGUGGGGAUGGAAAGCAUUAUUGUUACCCACAUUUCACGUGCGCCGUUGACACCGAGAAUAUAAAGAGAGUGUUCAACGACUGCCGCGAUAUCAUCCAGCGAAUGCACCUUCGUCAGUACGAACUAUUGUGACUUGGUUCUGGCAGCCGUAGUUUGCUUCGUCCGCUUCUUUACGGAGCCCCACUGCAACUCCAACGGCAUUAUAGUACGAUAUCAAGGGGGAAAUACCUGUGCCCGUCGAUAUGUCAACUUAAAAUACGAAGUUGUGCCGUGCGUUGAGUACGACAACCUGCAACAGAUGCUCACAGGCCUGGUGCGAUAACGGAGCAUCACCUUCCUGGGCCCUUGGAGUUAGACGAGCCAGGGCUGUCAGGGAAAGGCCGGAGGGCGGGGGCGAAACUGAAUUUAUGUUUCUCUCUUUCUAUUUAUCUAUCUCUAUCUCUCUCCCUCUCUCUCUCUCUCUCCCUCUCUCUCUCUCUCUCUCUCUCUCUGUCUCUUUCUAUUUCUAUCUAUCUCUUUCGUCAGUCACUGGAGUCCAUCUACCGUAACGUAUCACGGUAUCGUGCUGGUGCAGUACGAUAAUACAUACGUAUUUUGUAAUUGGAAGGAAGACAAAAAAUUAAGAAUUACAUAAUGCAGGGAAGUUGAUUACCGCUAAGUCAAGUUGAGCCUGAUAUAUAUAUUGUGUUAUCAUAUUUUUGUGCCGCAAACGGAGAAAGAAAGAUCAUGCACGGAGUCGAGUUAACUUAUUCAUUACCGCAAACAUAUUGAGGUAUUUUGUAGAAAACCAGGCACUUGGAAUCAGUUUCCCUGAUUUUUGAAUCGACAUUUUCAUUUUGUAAUAUCUUCACGCGGUCCGUGAACGUAAUUCAUAUUUUAAAAUAAGGGUAUACCGCUUUGCCGUGCCUUGUAGUUCGGUUAAGUAGAUUGGGAAUCUUCGUAUCUAACAAUCAUUUAUUGAAUGCAGGUAAUACAAUAAUUUUUUGUAUUGUUGUAACUCGAUUCUAUGACAAGGCUUUCUUAUCUCUAAGCACUCGGUAAUAUGCGAACGAAGGACGAGGAACAAGUUUUGCCCCUUGUUGUCAAUUUGAUGGUGGAAGAUAAUUAGCAAAUCACCGUGGACAGUGAUUAUUUUUUAUCUGUAACCAUUACCCAGAUCAAGUUCGUAACACCUAAGAUAGAGACGUAUACGUAUGUAUGUAGAACUCACAAUCACCGAGAUCCGAGUAUUAUCUGAUUGUGAAACUUGGUUCACCACUUGAAUCUCGAGUUGCGUAUGAUUGAUGUAUCGCUGGUACAGUUGCACUGGUCAUAGCUGGCUGUAGGGAUUUUGCGUGAUGUCUUAAUUUACGUCGGACAUUUGCUUUGGCUGGAACAAUCUUUUAGCUCUGAGAGUGAUUGGGCGAUCAGCCAAUUGCCGAGCAUGUAAUUUUAUUCUACUUCUUCUGUACUGGUGAUCGUCAAUGUUUGUUGUAAACUUCUUGGUAAUACGUCAAUUGUACACAUAUUUUAUUUACAGUGAGUAAAUUUAUUUUCCUAAUCA